AUGACAACAUCAGAGAACACAACAACAGUUAUAGUCCAUGAAGCUAUAAAUGAAGAAUACGAAUACAUACAAUAUAACAAACAACUUCGCCUCAUUCGUUCGGUCAAAGAUGACAUGUACCAAAUGCAAAGUAUAAUGAACGCUCUUCGUUCUACAAAGCAAGCAUAUCAUUGGUUUGAAAACCAACAGACAAAAGAACUUUUAGAAGAAUUUCCUCAUAUGAUUGCUUCCCUCGGAAAACCGAGAGAAGAGAUUCCGUAUGAAAAUCGCAAGAAUUUGGCUCCUGGUUUGAAAGGUUAUUAUGUUCAUAGACUUUUAGUAAACGCUGUAGCAAUGUGGGCUUCACCUCGUUAUGCUUGUUAUAUUUUCAUGAUGUUAGAUGAACUAUAUAAAGCAGAACGUGGAGAGAUGGAAAAGAAACUUCAAGCAAAAGAUGAAGUCAUUGAAUCCAAAGACAAAAGCAUACAGAAAAGAAUACCGCGUUCGGUACCAAAAGGAAAGGAAAAGAGUUAUAAGUAUAUGAUAUAUACUGAAGAGUUGGAGAAAGAAGAAGAUAAAGAU